UCAGCUAAUUAGGCAGAGGGAGAAGUCACUUCCUUUGUCUGCCUCUGUGGUCAUACUUAAGAAAGCUGCCUUGUGUUUGGUUGUUUGCAGCAAUGGGUUCCAGCCAGCUAAUUGUGUUUGGUUUUGUGCUGACAUGUGGGAGGAUUAUUGAUGCUCGAUUUCUCAGUAUUAGAACACCAAACUACUGGGAGGUUGAGCCUGCAGCAGCAGAGCCUGAAAGGAAGAACUCCAGGUUGUCUGUUGAACAAGCUCUCAGGCUCCAGAUAGAGCAGACCCAGCCACUCUCCUGGAGGUUUCCAGAAGAUCCAGUGGAUCCUGUGAUCACACCUCCUGACAAGUUUGAACUGCGGCAGCCGGUGACGACCAACCGCGUUGCUGUGAGGUGUGGGGAAAAUAAACUACAGGUGGAAGUGAGUCAGGACCUGCUAGGCCUCGGCAUGUUGAUUAAACCUGAGGAGAUCAUGCUUGGUGGUUGUUCAGCCACUGAUGUUGACAACUUGUCUCAUGUGCUUGUCUUUGAAUCUGAGCUGCACGGCUGUGGCAGCACACUUGUGAUGACAGAGAAUGCCUUCAUUUACGCCUUCACAUUGGUCUACAACCCUAAAGUGUUGAGCAGAAGUGGCAUUAUACGGAGCCAGAGUGCGGUCAUCGGAGUAGAGUGCCACUACCCAAGGUGAAGAGAAAUCUGGCAGCAAAGUCCCCAUCAAGUUUACUGUGGGAAAAUGAAAUGAUCACCUGUUUACUGGCAAUUUACAAUAAAAAAAAAAAAGUGUGAA